GUUGUCGCUGCCUGGACGUUUUCUUGAAGAAGUCUAUGAAGCCAGUGAGGCGUUGAUGAGCGAGAGCGAGAGAACGCGUCUGGAUUAACCGCCACAGGCCCCCGACGAGCGGCAGCAGGAUGAGCAGCGCAGUGUACCCUCCUCUCACCGGCCCUGCAGCCAACCCGUUUGGCAACAUGCCCGGCUAUGAAGGCAUGGCGGGAGGAGGCGGUUUCAUGCCUCCUCCGAUGCCCUUGGAGCCUCUGGCCCCGCCCCAAAACGGCCCCAACCCCGACCAAUGGACAAUCCCCACUCUGUCGGAGGACAUGGCCCGCGAGGCGUUCAAGAGCUUCGCGUCGUCCCAUUGCUGCUACGGUGAAAGCCCUGCGGAAGACGGCGUGAUCACCAGCAUGGAGCCGUUCAACACCUACAGGUAUCGCCUGGAGACGUUCACAGAGACCAGGAAAACUGAGCCGGCCGAAAAGCCUCACGAAGGUGAGGUGGCUGACUUCUACACCCAGCCGGCUCCCCGGCCCUGGGAGGUGCAGGUCAACCCUCCCAGCCUCUUCACCAAUCACAAAGAGGAGGUCCGCGUGCCCUUCACCUCCUCCGUCAAGGAUUGCGGAAGCUGCCACGGCACGGGGACGACUGAGUGUAACGACUGCAACGGAGAAAAACACAAAGAAUGCCACGUGUGCCACGGCUCAGGGGAGUACAACAAUGAGCGCUGCACUACAUGUAAUGCCAGCGGCAAAAGAAGGUGCUCCACGUGUGAUGCUCGGGGAAGGAAGGACUGUGAAACCUGUAAAGGACGAAAACGGCUGCUGACGUACAUCAAUCUCAAAGUGGAGUGGACUAACAAUGUGGACGACCACGUAGUGCAGCAGAACUCUGGUCUGAUGGUCGAUCUUAAAAAAGUGAGCGGGAAGGAGCUGAUCAAGAACAACCAUAACCUGCUCUACCCGCUGAUCGGGUUCCCAGACCCGUCCAUCGCCGAGGCCUCUGAGCGUCUGAUCAAAGAUCACCAAACCAAAUACGCCCAGACCGCCAGGAUCCUGCAGCAGAGGCAGACUGUGGAGUUGAUCCCAAUCACUAAAGUGAACUACAAGUGGAAGGGCGACUCUCACCUCUACUUUGUCUACGGCAACGAGCACAAAGUCAGCGCCGACAAUUACCCAGCUACCUGCUGCUGUGUCAUCCUGUAGAGACACACACAAACCCACUGUUCUUCUUUUUCAUGAUAUUCCCUCCAUGUUAACUUUUAAUCAACCCUCUUAUAUAUGGAACUAAAUAAAGGCAUACUCACAAAAAUCCUUGAAUUAGACGGGGAGUUUAUUCCACACACUGGCAUUUAAUUUCUUGUGUGUAGGGGAAAAAUUGAACAACAUAAUUGGGUUCAACUGGUUUCCAUCUGCCUUUUCUACCUGUGUUUUUAAGAUAGAUACUAAUUUUUUAACGAGCAGAAAUUUGAGGGUUUCACCAAUAACAGACAGGAAACAAACCUCUAAUCUUUCUUUGUAAGUGUCAAAACUGUUUUUAUUCACCUGUGUUUACUGAAUAUUUGAGUUGAGAGGCUGUACUACUGCUACUGUAGCUAGUGAGCUAACGUCUUACGCUAGUAAGCUAACGUAUUACGUUAGUAAGCUAACGUCUCACAUUCAGUCGCAAUGUCCAUUUGCAAACUCAAGAUUUUGCGUUUGUUUUGGGAUCAAGAUAGUUAGCCCUACUCCUAACCUAACAAAGGAAUCAUACAGUUUCAGUUUAUGGAAACCAACCUUUUUUUGUACCUGCAAUUUUUACAAUUUAGAAAACAUUUGACCUUUAGACGGGCAGAUAAUGAUUUUUAGUAUAAAAACAUAUCACACAAAUCUACCUGAUUUUUGUUGAAUUCAAUUGUGAAACAUACUUCAUAUACUUGACAUACUUGUAAAUGGUAGUCCUAAAUAUAUUGUGCCUUUUUGUUUUUUGAAAAUAAAUAUCAUAACAUAUCGAUUACAUGUUAA